CUGGAGCUGCUCCGUGUAGGUUCAAUGUUUCUGAUGUGGUUUGUAUUGCAGAAUCCCAGAAGAGUUUUAAAGGAGUUAACAUUCUGAAACUGUCAGGUACUCAAUUUAAACCACUUCCUCUCACAAAUGACAGUGAAACUAUUGGUUCUGAAAUAUGUGAUAUGAUUAUUCCUGAAACCGACACAGACUGUGAUGGACAAGUUAAAGCUGCUUCAAUUAGUUAUGCAUCUAGGUUGGAUGAUUUGCAAAUUAGAAUGAGAAAUGAUGGUUUUGCCUCAAGCCAAUACCAUGAUCUUGCUGCAUUUGCCAACCCAAAGCAACUUGAUUUAAGUGAAGUUGAAGACUACAAUACAAAUGAAACUUGUAGUCUUGCAUUAGAGAACAAAGUGCUAGGCAGAUCAUUAGAGGAGAAUCUUAAGUCACUUUAUUCUGCAAAAAAAUUGGAGGGAUCUAUCUCUACUGACGACCAAGAGAAAUUCAAGUCCACAAAGGAAAUACCAGUACUGGAGGAAUGCCAUGUUCUGACUGACAAGGGGAAACCAUGUACAAAUUUAUCUGAAGCCUGUGUGGAAUUGCCAUAUGGAGUAAGCAGAAAUUUGGAAUCAAAUGUUGUGUCAUCCGUAGAAGAGAUGUCUGAGGACCUCAGACAUGUAAUUGCCUUGUCAGGACAAGAAAACAACAAAAUCUCCGAGCCAAAUUUGUUUAAGGUACACUCAAGUCAGUUGGAAGUUACCUGUAAAAAUUCACCUGAAAACCCUCUGAAGGAAGCACUGAACUCUGAUGCAUGUGCUGAUAAAGAGAGAAAAUUUUCCUUCUACGAAAACUUUGAUGUGGCAAAACCUACACACUCUGUUCCAGAAACAAGUAACCGAGGCAAUAUUGCCUGUAGUGGUUGCAAAAUGUCACCAGGAACUCACUUUGCCAUGGUUGGACCUGUACACUUUGAGAACUUGACUGUUACUUUAGAAGACCAUAUAAGUAAGCAUCCUUCUAAUGCUUCAAUUGAAGUUAUGGAGGAUGAUUCUGUGUGGCAGAAAAUGGAUUCAGAUCUUUCUCAAGGUCAACUUGGAAACUCCCACUUCACAGGGAGGUGUAUUACUGAUAAUAGGAAUUCAAUUUUUUCUAAAUCAACUAACAAACAUAAUGCAAAAAAUUCCAUCCAGCCGUUAACUGUUUCUAGUUCCUAUAUGCAUGGUUCAUGGCCUCAGAAUAAACGGAGGAAGUUAGAUAGUCAAAAAAGUAUUAUGCUCUCUACUUCACCAGCCUUCAGGGAUGAUGUUAUAGAAACAAAUGCUGGUGAGAACCUAGUUAGAGACAUCAGUCAGCAUGGAGGACAACACAUGGUAGAACAAUCUGUUUCUUCACCCAAGCUACAACUAGAAGAGCGUGAAGUUAGCUUAAAAGAGAAGGAAAGAAAGGCAGCUACUCCUGCUUUAGUACAGGAAGAAUUAGGAGCGCUGUCAGUCUCAAGUCUGACCAAGCAUAGCUCUCGAAAUUCCCAGAAUAUUUUGUUAGAAGAAACAGAAGAAGCAGAUCCUACCAAAUUUAUCUUAGAUGACAAGCAGGUCAGUAUAGAAGGGAAGCAAGUUAUUUUGCAUCAUGAAGAUCAACCGAAAAAUACAGAACACUUGACCUCCACCGAAGCAACCACAAUGACAAAUAUUAUUCAUCCUGGAGAGAAUAGAAAAGCUUUGUAUCAUUCAGGUGAUUCUCUCAGUAGCCAAUCCAUGGCCUGGAUUGGUUUGGAUCAAUCUCUGCCUAUGUUUGAGGGGUUCAUUAUGGAAACAGAUAAAGAACAACCAUGCAUUGCCAGAGAGGAAGUUAGUAUUGACAACUUAGCCCUUCCAAAGACCACAAUCGAACGUGCAAGCAUGCUGGAGCAGAUGUGCAGAUCUGCUUGCAUCUGUACUCCAUUAUCCGAUCUUGCUACUACUUCCACACUUCAUAAAAGACCAAACUUGCAUCAUUCUGUUCCAAAUGGGCUUCUAGAGUGCACAGACCUGAGGAGCAGUCUACUCAUUGAUGAUACUGGUACUCAACUUGAGGGCAGUUCUGAGUUCUUGUGGGAUAUAAGAAAACCUUGUACACCUCCAAGCAAGGAAGUUAUGGGAUAG